AUUCGCUAACAAGACGCGAGACUUCAUAGACGUGUACUUUGCCUUUAAUAAUAAUGUAAUAUCUUAAUAACUUACAAUAAUUGUUACUAUAAAAUUAACUGCAGUGUCAGUUCGAAAGUAAAGUGUGUCGCGAGUGUGAUUUUACAAUUUAUACUUACUUAUAUUGUGCAAGAUGAACUAAAUAUUUCUUGGUUAUAACAUAUAUCUGUGUUAGUUAUGUCUAACCAAACAGCUUCCCCUUUCGGGCGUAGCCAACUAUUGCAGCGAAGUCCUCCACCGACUCCAAAUCAACCAGAACCAGUUCAACCUAUUGAGCAAAUUCCACCUCAAGCUCCAGCCGUGUUGGCUGGUGAGUUACCCCCUGAAGUUGUUUCAACACCAGAUAUCCAGAAAUGGAUUGGGUCAAUAGACGCCGUUCUCACUGAGGUCUGCACCAUAGUCUCAGAAGGGAAAAUGAACAACGAUCAAAAGCAGCGUGUCUCCGCCCUUUGUCGCAACGUUUUAAAGGGGACAAGUCAAAUGGCCGUAGAAUAUCAAGCUUUAAAGCAAAAAACCAUCCAAGCGCACCACACAGUACUGCAUCUAAAAGAACAGCUGGACCUUGCAGAAUCUAUUAAGGUGAUCAAAAAUACUAUAAUCGACAAAUUAUCGCCUUCUGACAUAACCUCUUCAUCUUACGCUAACAUAGUAAAAAAAAGUUCCGAAACCCUCAUCCGCCCAGCAAAUCUGAGUUCUGUGGCCAUCUAUCCUUGCGACAAGACGAGAACAAGCGAAGACACAAAGUCACUUGUUCAGAAAAUUAUUUCGCCUGAAGAACUAAAGCUUCAUGUCCGUGGCCUAAAAAAAGUCAGAAACGGGGGUGUACUUAUUAGGACCGAGAACAAAGGAGAUAUUGAAAAGCUCAGGAAUUCAACGAAACUGAUGUCAUCUGGCCUUACGGUAGAAGAAACCCCCAAGCGCCGACCUAGGAUUGCUGUCGUUGGAGUUCCAGUAGCACUUACUGAAAGAGAAGUAUUUGACUGCAUCUAUGAGCAAAACCUUUCGGAGAAAUUGGCAAAUAGUACUCGAGAGUCCUUUCUUGCUACUGUCAAAUUGAGCCAUAAGUCAGGUAAGAAAGGUCUUCCCACUUGCAAUUAUAUAUUAGAAGUUUCUGCUGCCGUCAGGAAAGUACUCAUAAACCAAGGCCGGAUUUUUAUAAACUGGACUUCUUGCCCUGUAAGAGAUUACACAAUAGUUACAAGAUGCUUCAACUGCCAGCAGUUUGGCCAUGCAGCCAAGUUUUGUCGUGAAACUAGUCCUACGUGCAACCACUGUGGGGAGACUGGGCAUUCCCACAAGGAGUGUAACAGUAAAUCUUCUCCGCCUCAAUGUGCGACGUGCAAGCGCUUCAAGAAGAAAUGUGACCAUCAGACUGGUGACGCAGAGUGUCCGGCGCGUAAAUAUGCCGAGAUUAAUUAUAUCAAUUCGAUUGACUAUGAAGGCGCCUAAGAGCGCCCCGGACAGUUUAUUUAGUAGCACUUAGUUAUUGUCUCGUAAGUUAAAAGUUACUCUAUAUUUUAUUAAUUUAGUAAUUAGUUUUUAUGGCCAGUCAGCUAAUCACUGAUCUGGAUGAAUUUUCUGUGUCUGAAGCCAAUACCUGUAAUGUAGAAGAUUGUAAACUUCUUCUUCCUUCUGGGGAAAAUACGCUUACGCUACUAACUCAAAAUAUUCGCAGUAUUAAUCGCAACAUGGAUGGCUUUGAAGUUCUAUUAGAAAGUCUUGACAUUAACUGUGAUGUUAUUGUCCUAACAGAAUGUUGGCUAUCUUCUCAGACAGCCAAUUUACCUUCUCUCGACGGCUACUGCACUCACAAAACAAAUUCAAACAUGAAUCAGAAUGAUGGUGUAGUGGUGUACAUCAAAAACAACUUAAAAGUUCUAGUGGAAGAGCCCAGAGUUCAAAAUAGUAACUGUUUAGUAAUUAAAAUUAUUCCGGAUACUGUAAUUAUGGCCAUUUAUAGGCCACCGUCUCAAAACAUUGACAGCUUUUUGGACUCACUUGAUGUAAACUUAAAACAUUUAUCUGCUUUUAAGAACAUUAUAUUAAUGGGUGACAUAAAUAUUAAUAUUGCUUCUGAGAGAGCAGAUACACAUGUACAUAACUACCUAAAUAUUUGUUCAUUUCAUGGUCUUUUACCAACCCAUUAUUAUCCCACGCACCAGUCUGGGUCAUGUUUGGAUCAUUUCAUCAUAAAAACCCGACAUCCGAACAAAACAUUAGUCACCAAUUCAUCGCUUACGGACCAUCAAGCUAUUUUGCUAACAAUACAAAAAUCCUCACCUAGAAAAAACUGCAUGCGUAGCUUUUUAAAAAUUGAUAUGACUAAUCUUGCACGUGCCAUUCGCGACAUCGACUUUGACCCUGUUUACGAUACUAAUGACGCAAAUAUUUCAUUACAGUAUUUUAUAAAUGCGCUACAACAUGCGAUAAACAAAAAUACAAUUACCAAAAUAACGUCUAGAAGGUAUAAAUCGAUCAAACCGUGGAUCACUCCAGGUCUCGUUCGUUGUAUACGGCAUAGGGACAAACUACACCAAAAGUCAAAACUUGCACCUGAUAAUGAAAUACUUUCUAUUUCAUAUAAAAGGUAUAGAAACUUUUGUAACAACCUUUUAAAAAAAGUUAAAUAUCAACACGAGAAGAAUGAGUUACAGAAGGCAGGAAAAAACAGUAAACUCGUUUGGAAAUUUAUUAAAACAAAUACUUUUCGAUCGAAAAAUCCUGAACCCCCACUCGAAUUACUGUCUUCAGAAAUAAACCCACUAGUAGCCGCAAAUAAAGUAAAUAGUUUUUUUGCUAACAUUGGCAAAACCUUAGCUGAAAAAUCCUUGAACCAUAGUACUUAUCCCCACCAACCAUUGUCGGCUGUAAAUACCCCUACGAAAACAUCAAAAUCUUUUGUUUUAUUAAACACUGACGUCAAUGAAAUUUUAAGGAUAAUUACAGGGUUAAAGGACGAUUGCGCUGUUGGGUGGGAUGGCAUUCCUAAUAACAUACUGAAAAGGUUUAAACACCUUCUUGCUCCUCCAUUGACCCAUAUUUUUCAGUCAUGUUUGUCUAAAGGAAUCUUUCCCAAACCGCUUAAAAAAGCAGUAGUUACGCCAGUUUUCAAAGCGGGAGAUAAAAACUGUGUUAACAACUAUAGACCCAUUUCAGUAUUAACAGGUCUCUCAAAAAUUUUAGAAAAAAUUAUAAAUAGUAGAUUAAUAGAUUAUCUUGAAAUUAACAAUUUGCUUUCAAAUAACCAAUUUGGGUUUAGACCAAAAAGAUCGACUAACCAAGCAGUUCACAGACUGUCCGAAUACAUUAGUACUAACCUUGACAAGGGUAUGCAUACCAUUGGGAUUUUCCUGGACCUCGCUAAAGCUUUUGACACAAUUUCUUGUUCUAUGUUACUACACAAGCUUGAAAAACUUGGAAUAAGAGGCGAACAACUUCAGUUGUUCACCGAUUAUCUUAGAGAUCGUCAACAAUGCGUUAAAAUAGGUCAGUACACAAGUUCUGAGAUGGAAAAUAGUGGUUUCGGAAUACCUCAAGGAAGUAUUUUGGGACCUACAUUGUUUUUAAUUUACAUUAAUGAUUUAUGUAGUUUGGUCCUUCGUAAUGGGCUAAUAUUAUCAUAUGCGGAUGACACAGCCCUAUUGUUUUCCGCUGAAUCUCAAAGUGAAACAUAUGAAUAUGCCCAAAACGGUUUUAAUGUUGUGUCAAAUUGGCUUCAUCAAAAUCUUCUAACAUUAAAUAUAGAUAAAACUAAAUAUAUUUCAUUCUCAAUUAGAAACAUUAAUCCACCGCUUACUAACCUAGAUAUAUUUGCACAUAAUUGCAAUUCUGCUAAUAUUGCUUGUACUUGUCCCACUUUAGUUAAAGCUGACCACAUAAAAUAUCUAGGUGUUACGAUUGACACGAAUCUAAAUUUCCGUAAACACAUCGAGUUACUAUGCAAAAGAGUGCGUAAAUUAAUGUACAUUUUUAAGAACCUACGCCACAUAGCCGACUAUAAGUUAAUUAAACAGGUUUAUUUGGCUCUGUGUCAGUCUGUUCUCACCUAUUGUAUUACAUCAUGGGGUGGAACUGCAAAGUCUAUCUUGCUUCCUCUGGAACGCGCUCAAAGAGCAAUUCUAAAGGUUGCUACCUUCCGCCCUUUUAGGUUUCCCACACACCAACUAUACACUGCAUGUAAAAUACUAACAGUGCGCCAACUAUUUAUAUUGCAAACCAUACUUUAUCAGCACUCUGAGCUUCCUUUCGACCCAGUAUCCCAAACCAGGAGGAGGAAAGAUUUGGUUUGCUUUGAACCACAGACAAGACAUGCAUUUGCACAUAGAUUUUACGUAUUUUUAGGACCAUUUUUGUACAACAAGGUCAACAAGAUACUAAAUAUAUAUAGUGUAAAUUAUUAUAAAUGUAGUACAUUGUUAUCAGAGUAUCUACUAAAUCUUGAUUACGCAGACACAGAAAAACUAUUGGAAGUUUUAGUAUGAAUGUAAGAUUAGUUUGUAAGUUGUUAUUCUAUUUCUGUACACAUGCACCUAAAUUGAUAGUCUUGUAAGUGAUGACCCGAAACACAGGUUUUUAUAAACCUAGCUCGGGCAAGUCGCUAAUUAUACAUAAGUCUAGGUUAAAAAGUAAAUUUUCCUAUAGUUCCUAAAUAUUGGUAAGUUACUUAUUAAGUUAUUCCUAGUGCACUAGCAUAAUUAUUGAUUAAUACUUAUUUGUGGCUGUUUCAUGUAAAUUAUUUUGUGAAAUAAUGAAAUAAAGGAUUAUUUUAUUU